AGCAGCCUCACCGGAACGGAGAGACCGUGCCUGGACAGCGCCGAGACACCGGAGCCGGGGCAGAGCGACGCGGUCAAGCCCUUCACGCUGGGGCAUCCUGGGGUCGGCGGCAGGCCGAAGCAAUCGAUGCGGACCGGCCGUGCGCAGGCGAGAGCAAUCGAGGCCGGAGCGGCGGCAUGGCGGCGGGCGGGCCGCGGCGGCGCCUGGUGCACCUGGACCUGAAGGGCGCCCCGCCCCGCGCCGCGUACCUGGCGGAGGUGCUGCCGCUGCUCCGCGCCCUGGGCGGCUCGGGGCUGCUGCUGGAGUACGAGGACACGUUCCCCUACGCGGGGCCGCUGCAGCCGCUGCGGGCCCCGCACGCCUACAGCCCCGCGGAGCUGCGGGCCGUGCUGCGCCAGGCCCGGGCGCUGGGGCUGGAGCUGGUGCCGCUGGUGCAGACCUUCGGGCACAUGGAGUUCGUGCUGAAGCACAAGGAGUUCGCCCAUCUCCGGGAGGUGAAGGUGUUUCCCAACGCCCUCAACCCACACAAGGAGGAGUCGCGGGCGCUGGUCAAAGCCAUGAUCGACCAGGUCAUGGCGCUGCACGAGGAUGUAAAGUGGUUUCACAUUGGAUGUGAUGAGGUGGGACUUCCCUUGAGCCUGGAAUAUUGUUUUUGUGUGAGGAACGAAGGUGUAUUACCUCGGCGAAGGAGAGGAAUCAAAGCAGUGGCUGCAGCAACAAGGCAACACUCCGGAGAAGCUGUGCUUAUCCCACAUAAAAGCCGUAGCAAGUUGUGUGGCCUCGUCGUACCCGGCCGUGACGCCCAUCGUGUGGGACGACAUGCUCAGAGGGAUGAGCGAGGAAACGCUGGCAGAACUCUGUUCCUUUCAGAGUCUGGGGUCCCACAGCUUGUGCAGCCCAUGAUCUGGGACUACGCAGCAGACCUGGACGUGGAGGGCAAAGUGCAGCUCAUAGAGAAGUAUCGUAGAUGCGGCUUCUCCAAGGUGUGGUUUGCCAGUGCCUUUAAAGGAGCUACGGGAGUGAAUCAGUCUCUGACGCUCAUCGGGCACCACUUAAAAAACCAUCUUCAGUGGCUGAAAGUGGCAAGCGAUAGCCCCGCCGAUGUCCUUGAAGGUAUCGCCCUGACCGGCUGGCAGAGGUACGAUCACUUCUCGGUUUUGUGUGAGCUGCUCCCUGUGGCAGUUCCGUCCCUGGCUGUGUGUCUGCAGGCACUGGAGAACGGUGGCUAUUCUGAAAAGAUUAAAGAAAAUGUGGAAAAGCUCCUGGGAAUGUCCAACCUGGAAACCGAAACAUUCAUGAGCACCGCUCUGGGGACCUUUCCUGGGAGCAACGUCCUCACGCUCGUGACGCAAGUGAGUUUCUACCUCAAGUCAUCAGUGGAUGAGCUUCUUGAAAGGAACAGAUAUGUUACAGGCUGGUUCAGCCCCUACCACAGAAAAAGGCGAAUUAUUCAUCCUAUAAUAAUGCAUCACUUCCAGCCAGAUGCAGUAAGCCUGCUCUCCAAGUGGAACGCCGUGGUGCAGGACCUCCGAGCGGCCAUGGAGCGAGUUUUCCACCAGUGCACCGUAGAGGAAUGGAUGGAGGAGAACGUCCACCCCAGCCUACAGAAGCUGCAGCAGGUGGUGGAUGAUUUAGAUGAAGCAAUAAAAGCACAAAAUUAGGGACAUUUCAAUUAGUUUUAUUCCAUAGGAGAACAGGGCUAGUGGGAAUCUGCAACUAGUUGUAUCGUGAGAGUUUGUCAUCUUGAGAGUUGAAGCAAGAACUGUGAUCAAACAAAAGGGACCUGAAGGCAUAAAGGAAUUACUUCAUAUAAUAGGCUUCAACUCUUAAUUUUCCUGUCUUAACGCAUCAUAGAGCCUUAAAUCACCUGCCUUGUAUGUCAGAUUUGCUCCCCUUGUGUAACAGAAUGCAGGAGCGAGUCAAAACUCAGCUGUAUUAAAAGGCAGGAGAAAAACCCCUAUUUCUUCAGUACUUGUAGUAAUAGACUUUCUUACAUUACACUGACGUGGAGGAGUUCCACAAGGUCUACUGUAGUCAGUAGCCAGCCUGUCCUCCCUUUGCAAUUUCCACCUAAAAAGUCAGAUUUUAAGAUACUUUAAACACACUUGAGGUCCUUAUGGUCUGUACUGUGACCCUUUCCUCUCCUAGGUGCAUUCAGAGAUGUGUCCUGUUCCAUCAGGACAAAUCCUUCCACAGCAUAGGGAAGUUUUGUUCAAUUUUGUUUGAACUGCUAAACCCAUCCAUCCUAAAUCCAGCCUUGAGGAGCUUCAGAGCAGGGAAUUAACAUCCAGCUUUUUGCAGAUGUCAGAGCAAGGACCUGGGUGACAGCAGAGAAAAGAACCUGGACUGUGACAGCACAGGGCGAGAGGAGCUCAUUGCCAAUAGUGAAGGUGACACUUGGACUUUGAGGGGAAAAGCACCUUAACACAUUUUACCAAAGCAUCACCUAAGUGUAGUUUUACCCCUGCAGAAAAGCACCAUCCCAGUCACUCUAGGGCAUCUACUUCACUACAUAAAACCUGAGACUGCAGGUUUAUCCCAGUUUGAAGCAUGACUAAAAAGUCUACUGAAUACAAGGGGAAAAUGCUGCUUUAUUUUAGCUUUUAGUAACAUACAGCAAUAUAUUUUGUGGACCUAACUGGAGGAUUAAGGUAAUUUUCACAAGAGAAAAUGAAAGUCUGGUAGUUAAGCACACUACCAUGACUAUUCAAAAUAUUCUUUACUUGUUUGCUUCAUUUAUUGCUUUCUUGAAAGUCUAUUUUGGAAGCACAGGUGUUGAAAUUCUCUCAGAACAGUCUAUUAUAAAAUUAGUAUGGAUACAGAAAGUACAACUGUAGCAUUAGAAAAAAUCUUUAGCUUAUUUAAUGGGGGCUACAGGAGUUGGGUCCAGAUGCAGGUUUCUUAAAGUGUCAAUUGCUAUGUGUAACAAUCACAAAAAAGCUACAUACCUUGAACUAAAAAGCUUAAUUUAUUUUACUUUAUUAAAUCCUUUGGUACUCAA